AUCCAGCCGCCGCUGCCUCAGGCGGCUGGUUAUGUGGUUGUUGUUGUGCUAGGAUUGGUUGUAGCACUUGUCAUGAUGUACGUGACAAAAAUAUUGAAAAACACGACCGGAGAAGACACCAAGAAGACGGAAAUGUUCAUGACGGCAAACCGAACGGUUCGGACGGGUUUGACUGCAUCUGCUGUGAUUUCGUCAUGGCUCUGGACAACAGCUAUUCUAGGAUCCUGCUUCACCGGCUACGACUACGGCGUAUCAGGACCAUUCUGGUUCGCCGCCGGAUGCAGUCCUAUGAUCGUCUUUUUUGCUCUACUGGGUAUUUCCUGCAAGAGAAAGAUUCCUGAAGCGCAUACUUCUCUCGAACUUGUUCGGAUUCGAUAUGGAAAAAUUGCCCACGCCGUCUUCAUGGUCCUCUGCCUCGUCAACAACAUCUUCGCCAGUGCCAACAUGCUCCUCGGUGCUGCUGCGGUCAUCGCAGCUGUCUCGGGGAUGCACGUUAUUGCCGCGACAUUCCUGAUUCCAGUUGGUGUGACGGUGUAUACUUUUGUCGGUGGUAUCAAGGCUACCUUCCUUACCGACUACUUCCACACGGUCAUCAUCCUGGCCAUCUGCUGCUACUUCAGUGUCAAGGGAUUCCAGAAUGAUCAUGUGGGCUCUGUUGGCGAGCUGUUCGAUCUCAUCCAGAAGGCUGGGCAGAUGCAUCCUGUGUCUGGGAAUUCGAAUGGGUCGUACUUGACCAUGACUUCUAAGAGUGGCAUCCUCUUCGGCAUCCUCCACACAUGCUCCAACUUCGGCCUGGUCAUCAUGGACACAUCCUACUUCAUAAAAUCCUUCUCCGCAACCCCCCGCUCCGUCGUCCCCGGCUACACAAUCGGCGGCAUCCUCUAUUUCGCCAUCCCCUGGGCCCUCGGCACAGUAAUGUCCUCGCUAGCCAUUGGCCUCGAAUCCCACCCCUCCUUCCCGACCUACCCCCGCCGCAUGACAUCCUCCGAAGUCAGCGGCGGGCUAGUCCUCCCGUACGCGGCGAUUGCGAUCGCGGGUAAGGGUGGCGCGACGGCUGUACUCCUUAUGACGUUUAUGGCUGUUACGUCGACGUUGAGUGCGCAGGUUAUUGCUGUGAGCUCGAUUUUGAGUUUUGAUGUUUAUCGGUUAUAUUUUAAGAAGGGGGCUAGUGAUCGGGAUAUUAUCAGGGCGAGUCACCUUGGGGUUAUCUUUUUUGCGGCGUUUGCGGCGGGGUUUAGUACCAUGUUGCAUUAUGUGGGGAUUGAUCUUGGUUGGACGUUGUAUAUGCUUGGCGUGGUAACAUGCCCCGGCGUCUUCCCCAUGGUCUUCACCGUCCUCUGGAAACACCAAUCCAAAGCCGCCGCCAUCCUCUCCCCAAUCCUCGGCAUCGCAACCGGCAUCGCCGUCUGGCUCGGCACGGCACACCACUUCUACGGCUCCGUCUCUGUCUCAGCAACGGGUGGACUACUCCCCUGCGUCUACGGAACCGUUGCGUCGGCGUUCUCGCCGAUCUUGUACUCGGUUGUUAUCACAUUGUUUAAGCCGCAGAAUUACGACUGGAGUAACUUCCGGCAGGAGAAACUUGCGUUGGAGAAGGUGGAGGGUGAUUUGACGACUGUGCACAAGGAUGGGACGAAUGACGCGCCGUCUGUGGCGCAGGAGCAGGAGCAGGAAUAUAGGCCUGGGCCUGAGGUCGAGCAGCAUCGGAAUGAGGAGGAUGGAGCACAACCUGCGCCACAGGCUAGCAAUGCCAAAGAACUGAAGAGAUGGACAAGAAUUGCCGCGUUCUGGUCCGCUGCUACAUUCCUGGGCCACUGGGUUAUCUGGCCAUUGCCGAUGUACGGCUCGAAAUACGUUUUUGAGAAGAAGUUUUAUUAUGCCUGGGUAAUCGUCGCCAUAAUCUGGCUCUGGAUCACCAUGCUAGUAACAACCUUCUACCCGAUCCUCGACGGCGGAUGGCAGCAGAUCCGCGAGGUGUACACGGGGUGGAAGAAUAAUAAGCGCGCGGCAUCGAUUGAGGGGACUGUGCCGGGGAGUCCGCCGAGUCCGGAGGAGGUGGAGGUUGAGGGGAAGGAGACUAAAUGAUUUUGAUCCUUUUUCUUUUUUAAAAAUAUAUAUAUACACUGGAGGUGUGAUUUGGGGGUUGGGGAUUAUGGGUGGUUAUGGAUUUGCUAUGGAUUUGCUAUGGGUUUGCUAUGGGUUUGCUAUGGAGGAGGGGUGGCUGUUUGUUUUUUGCGGUAUACCCCUGAUAUUGUAUCUGGAAAAGGUGUGUUAGGAUUGUGAUGGAUAUAGUUAUUAUGUUAGUGUUUAAUGUCAAAUACGCU